AUGGCUUACAGUCUCCCUCGCUCAGGUCCAUCUUUAUUUGCCAUUGACUGCGCGGCUGAAGGCACGGAUGCUGCUAUUACAGUACAGAGUGAUUCCUCCACCAAUUACCUGCUCGGCAAUGCCAUCAACCUGACCAUCUCAUACACCUCCCCGAAAGAUGCAACUGUUAGCUGGUCUAAAGAUGGCGUCCUGCUGGCAACAUGGAGCAAAGGGUCCGCUGAUGUCGCGGAUGCCUACAUUGGAAGACUGACGAUCACCGGGAAUGGAUCCCUACUGAUAUCUAACAUCAUCAAGGGUGACGGCGGAGAUUACACGGUCAGGGUGGGAGCAAACGGAGAAAUCCCAGGCACUCUGACUUGGCCAGUGACAAUUUACGACCCGGUGACGAGCCCCUCGGUGUCGCAGUCUCCUGCCGUAGUAGAUGAGAAUACCCCCGCUGUUAAUCUGAAAUGUAGUGCAGAUAUCGGGGGGAUGAACUUCACCUGGACGAAAGAUGGAAAACCACUGACCAAUGACAGAGGCUAUGAGGAAUUAGAUGGCGGUCAGAUCCUAAAGAUUGUCCUUCCAAUGAAGAACGAUAGUGGAAUCUACAGCUGUAACGUGUCCAAUCCGGUCGACUGGAAAACUGCAACAUUGGAGCUGAGUGUUACAGGCACAGAAGAUAAUACUAUUAAAGUACAGAGAGAUUCCUCCCCCAAUUUCCUGCUUGGGGAAAACAUCACCCUGACCAUCACAUACACCUCCACAAAUAACCCAACUGUUGCCUGGUUUAAAGAUAACGCAAAGCUGGCCCAAUGGAACAAAGGGUCCCCUGAUGUCGCGGAUGACUACAUUGGAAGACUGGAGAUUAUCGGGAAUGGAUCCCUACUGAUAUCUAACAGCACCAAGGAUGACGGCGGAAAUUACACGGUCAGGGUGGAAGCACUCGGAAAAGUCUCAGGCUCUUUGAUAAUUCCAGUGACAAUUUACGACCCGGUGACGAACGUUUCGGUGUCGCAGUCUCCUGCCGUGGUAGAUGAGAAUACCACCGCUGUUAAUCUGACCUGCAGUGCGGACACUGAGGGGGUGACCUACACCUGGACGAAAGGCGGACGGUCACUGCCCAAUGAUAGCAGCUUCGUUACAUUAGAUGGCGGUCAGAUCCUACAGAUUAUCCUUCCGAAGAGGACGCACGGUGGAAUCUACGUAUGUAAUGUGUCCAAUCUGGUCCACUGGAAAAACGCAACAUGGACGCUGAAUAUUUCAGGCACGGAUGCUCCUAUUGAUGUACAGAGUAAUUCCUCCACCAUUUACCUGGUUGGGAAUAACAUCACCCUGUCCAUCUCAUACACCUCCCCGAAAGAUGCAAAUAUCAUCUGGAGUAAAGAUGGCGUUCAACUGGCAGACUGGAACAAAGGGUCCUCAGGGGUCCAGGAUCCAAAUAGGCAGAAAAUCAUCGGGAAUGGAUCCCUACUGAUAUCUAACAGCACCAAGGAUGACAGCGGAAAUUACACGGUCAGGGUGGGAGCAUUCGGAGAAUUACCAGGCACGCGGAUAUUUCUAGUGACAGUUUACGACCCGGUGACGAACCCCUCGGUGUCGCAGUCUCCAGCCAAAGUAAAUGAGAAAACCCCCGCUGUUAAUCUGACCUGCAGUGCAGCAACCGGGGGGAUGAGCUACGCAUGGGCCAGAGAUGGACAAACACUGCCCAGUGGAGGCAGCUACGUUGCAUUAGAUGGCGGUCAUAUACUACAGAUUGUUCUUCCGAAGAAGACGCAUAAUGGAAACUACAGCUGUAAUGUGUCCAAUCCGGUUGACUGGAAAAUAGCAUCAUGGACGCUGAGUGUUUUAGACCCGGUGACGAACCCCUCGGUGUCGCAGUCUCCAGCCAAAGUAAAUGAGAAAACCCCCGCUGUUAAUCUGACCUGCAGUGCAGCAACCGGGGGGAUGAGCUACGCAUGGGCCAGAGAUGGACAAACACUGCCCAGUGGAGGCAGCUACGUUGCAUUAGAUGGCGGUCAUAUACUACAGAUUGUUCUUCCGAAGAAGACGCAUAAUGGAAACUACAGCUGUAAUGUGUCUAAUCCGGUUGACUGGAAAAUAGCAUCAUGGACGCUGAGUGUUUCAGGGAACUCACAUUUGGCGGCCACAGUUGGCGUCGUGAUUGGCGCAAUGUUGGGAGCAAUACUGUUCACUGAAGAAUUAUGGAGAUAACACAUGGAGAUCAUCCUUCACCAACCCCUCUACCAACCCAAAGUCGGAAGAGCCCCCACGAGUAUAACAAGAACGGGCAAGAAGGACACUUGGGCGCCAUUGAAGAUGGGCAAGAAGAACUAUUUAUGAGCUAAUCUAUAUAAAUUUAUACGUAAAUGAUGGACAUUUCAUGGUAUUUUCAUGUAGUUGUUGAUCUUAACCUUGUUCUCUCCGAGAAUUGAUGCAGCUACAAUAAAAC